AGUGAGAGUCUGACGUUCUCCUACUGACGUGUCGCAUUCGACUGUUAUUAGGAAAAACACGAAGCUCUGGAUGCCAUUCCUCUAAACAACACAGGUUUUUCACGACCAAGUGGCAGAACAAUGGCCGAACCCAGCAAACAGGACAUUUCUGCGAUUUUUAAGCGGCUUCGCUCCGUUCCUACAAACAAGGUUUGCUUUGACUGUGCAACUAAAAACCCCAGCUGGGCCAGCAUCACCUACGGUGUGUUCCUCUGUAUAGACUGCUCUGGGACUCACAGGUCCUUGGGGGUGCAUCUGUCCUUCAUCAGGUCCACUGAGCUGGACUUUAAUUGGUCAUGGUUCCAGCUUCGAUGCAUGCAGGUUGGGGGCAAUGCCAGUGCGAUUGCAUUUUUCAAUCAACAUGGGUGCCAAGCCAGCGCAGCUAACGCCAAAUAUAACAGCCGGGCUGCCCAGCUGUACAGGGAGAAGAUAAAGACCUUGGCCACACAAGCUACCAGACGCCAUGGCACUGAGCUGUGGCUCGAUAGUCAGGCUCCUCUGUCUCCAACGUCCCCAGAAGACAAGCAGGUGGACUUCUUCAGCGUACAUUCACAGGCUUCUUCUGAUAAUUUGAAUUUAGAUAAAAUGAAUCUCAGCUCGUCCACAUCAGAGAAGCCUGUGGCUCAGGAGAAAAAUGAAGACCCAAAUGGGAAUUUAGAGGAGGGUCCAACUGUAGACAUGCUUAGUGUUUCUUCAAAAGCAAACCCAGAGCCUGCCUCUCUGCUCAAGAAGAAGCCAGCAGCAGCUAAGAAAACGUUGGCUUCUAAAAAAGGCGGUCUGGGAGCUCAGAAAGUAAGCAGCCAAAGUUUCUCAGAGCUGGAGAAGAAGGCUCAGGCUGCCGACAAGCUCAGAGAGAACGAGGAGAGCUCUGCUGCAAAGACAAAAGUCACACCUGUGGAAUACACCGCUCCGUCCAUGCGCCUGGCCUACAAAGAGCUCGAGCAGCAGAGAAAGAUGGAGGAGCAGAAGCUGAAGGGAUUAGAGGGGAAGAAGAAGGAGCAAGCUGAGAGGCUGGGCAUGGGUCUCGGCAUGAGGAGUGGGGUUUCACACUCUGUUUUGUCAGAAAUGCACAUCAUCCAGCAGGAAAGUCCACUUGGAGCCAAAACUACCAAAGGACGACGGUUUCCAGAAGAAGAUGAGGAUGAAGGGUCCUUUAGCUCAAGGGUCUUGUCUCGGUUUGAGGAUCAGACAGAACCUACAGACAGUUUCUCCUUCCGAUGGGGUGACGGCAGUGAUGGAGGAGGUUGGAUGAAGGAGAGUAAGAAACCAGAGCCAGACUUCUUCAUGUCCUCCAUCAUGUCUUCAUCUGACGACAGGUCCACGACCAGGAGGAAAGCUGAGCCGGCACCAGUCUCGGAUUCAGGAGAAGCUCAGAAAAAGUUUGGAGAUGACGUCAAAGCCAUCUCCUCUGAUAUGUACUUUGGAAAACAAGAGAACUCUGAGUAUGAAGCCAAAACUCGACUGGAGAGAUUUGCAGGGAAUUCCUCCAUAAGUUCAGCAGAUCUUUUUGAUGAUCCAAAGAAACAAACCGCAGGAAGUUCAUAUCGUCUGAGCAACGUCCUGCCCAGCGCUCCGGACAUGUCGCAGCUCAAACACGGAGUGCGCUCAGUCGCAGGAAAGCUGUCCGUCAUGGCGAGCGGAGUAGUUAACACGAUUCAGGAUCACUACAACUCCUGAGUCGCUGUGUUGAUGUGGGAACUUCUUCACUCUGUCGAGGAGAACCGGGGGAAAGAUUUAUCAAGGCUCGCAGCAAGUCUGCAGAUUUACCACAAAGUAACCGUUUGUCUUUUUUUCAGCUGAAGUGUAUACAUUAAAGACUGCAACUUAAACGAACGAGUGGAAGGAUUUUUCCCUGGAAGCAACUUGAAGGGAGAGUUCUGUGUAUUUUACAGACUUAAAAGUAUUUAGUUUGCAUCAUAUCUACGCUUUAAAGUUUGGGGGUUUACAUAUUUAGGCUUAGUGGUGUUGUUAAGGAGGGGCAUUCAGAUGAUUCAGUUUUUGUUCGUGUAGUCCUUCAUGCACACUUUGUCGUGUCGUAGAUUCUUUCACACAGAAUUGAAAGUGUCCUUUCUGUUCUCAAAGUGCACUUAGGUUUGCUCCUCCUCAAAAACUGGACCAAAAGCUGAUGUAGUA